AUGGCGGAGGGCUGGACUUUGGUUUGGUCUGGAACUGGAACUGGAACUGCAGCUUGGAGUUUGGUUGGAGGAGAGUUUUUAUGCGCUGGAAUCGCCAUCGGUCCCUCCUUUCUGGAGCAGAGUAAAAAAUUUAGCAGGAAAAUAUUUCCAUUGAAGGCGACAAUCGUUUUGACAGUGUUCGAGGCCACGGGAUUCAUUUUUAUGUUUUUCACUCUCACUGCUCGGAUUGACAAGGCUAUUUUUAAGAGAUCAGGGAGAUUGGCCAUUUUUAUAGGGAUUGCAUCUUACCUUCUUCCGCUUAUAGUAACCAUCGCUAUUUGUUUCUUCUUAGAUAAUUUGUUCUAUCUGGAGUCAGACCUUCGCCGUUCUCUUUUAGCAAUUGCUGCAGUUGAAUGCACCACUUCGUUUCAUGUAAUUUUUGCCCUUUUGACUGACCUCAAGCUCCUCAACUCAGACCUAGGCCGUGUCGCUCUCUCUUCUUCAUUUAUCAGCAACUUACUCAGCUGGUUUCUCCCAGAAUUAAUCACUUUCGCCAUUGAUGAGACAGCUGAUGUUCCUAAGCAUACCACCUUGUGGAGGAAUGUGAGCUCUCUAGUCAUGGUGACCAUCAUCGUUUUCGCUAUAAGACCAUCGAUAUAUCGGAUGAUGGAGCAAACCCCAGAAGGAAAACCCUUGAAGUCUGUCCAUGUUUUAGCCAUCACCACAAUGGUGCUUGGGUGUGCUCUUUUUGGGGAAUUUACAGGACAACACAGCAUUCUUGGACCCUUAAUUUUGGGACUGAGUAUCCCAGUGAGACCUCCACUUGGACCUCUUUUAGUAGAUAAAAUUCAUUACUUUGUUUGGGUAGUGUUCACGCCUUGUUUCAUAAUAAAUACUGGCAGGCGAAUCAAUUUGUUUUCUAUAAGACUUACUUCUCUCUUGGUUGUGGAGUUUCUUAUCUUUGUGUCUACGUUGGUCAAGCUUAUUGUCAUCAUAAUCCCUUCCCUCUAUUUCAGAAUUCCUAUAAUGGAUGCUCUUUCCCUUGGCCUACUUCUCAACUGCCGAGGCAUCUAUGACAUUCAACUUUUCACACGGGCAAAGCAUCGCAAGGUAAUUUCAGCAGAAUGCUAUGGAAUCAUGGUAGUGACAGCAAUGUUGCAGUCUACUAUUGUGGUUCCAUUAGUAAGAGUUAUUAGUGAUUCUUCAAGAAGAUAUGCAGCCUACAAAGACCUGACCAUCCAAAAUUAUGUACGCCAAUCUGAACUUCGCUUCCUUGUAUGCAUUCAUGAGCUAGAUAAUGUCCCAACAAUUCUCAAUAUUCUUCAAGCCUCCAAUCCCCCAAGAAAUCCUGUGGGCAUCUGCGUUAUGAACCUGGAAGAAUACAUUGGACUCUCCAUGCCUCUUAUCAUCCCACAUUAUAAUAUUGACAAGCUAACAACAACUUCUGAUGAUAAACCAAACAAAAUCGGUCCCAUCAUCAGUUCUUUCUACAAUUACGAAAGACAAAAUAGAGGCUUCAUGACAGUCCAGUUCUACACAGCUAUUUCUUCCUACGCUUCAAUGCACGACGAUAUUUGUUCCAUGGCGUUUCGAAAGAAUACUUCAUUGAUAAUCAUCCCAUUCAAGAUAACAAAUCACCCUUUCAUGAAGAGAGUGAUAAGCAAUAUCCUGAGAAUGGCUCCAUGUUCAGUUGGUCUCUUAUUCGAUCGUGGGAUUUUCGGAAACAUCCUGCCCAUUUUCACACGAAAAUUGGAGCUGAAUGUGUGUGUAUUAUUUUUCGGAGGGCCUGAUGAUCGUGAGGCUUUGGCAUAUGGUUCACGCAUGGCGAAGAACCCUAACAUUAUUCUUAGAGUGAUUAAAUUUAUUCCAAUUAAACAAUCUAUUGUUAGUGUCUUGAUACAAGAAAAUCAAGAUUUAGAUAUGAUAAAUGAAUUUAGAAGAAGGAAUAUGAACAAGAAGAAUGUUGAAUACAUAGAGAUGAACGUGACAGAUGGAUGCGAGACAGCAAAGAGUAUUCAUUCUAUUGGGAAGCCAUUUGAGCUUAUUUUGGUAGGAAGAAGACAUGAUGGUAAUUCACAAGUGUUGGUAGGAUUGAUGGAGAAAAGGGAGAUUAAGGAGAUGGGUUUGGUUGGAGAUUUUCUGGUGUCUUCAGAAUUAGAGGCGUCAGUCAUGUCGAUACAACAGCAAAAAAUAUUUAGUUGA